CAAUUGUAAAAUGUUAUACAAAAAUUAUACAUUGAUUAUAAAAACUUUGACAACUGACAGACGAGAUUCGUUUAUUUUGACAGUCUUACCUGAGCGAUAUCUACUUAUGGGAAAGGAGAUGGAGAGCGCAAUGAAGGACAAAAAAAAUCAUAUGUCGAGUGGAGGGAAAAAGAAAAAGAGAAAAAGAUAAAGAAAUUUAGGAAGAGAAAAGAAGGAAAAUUACUUGAGCUCCUCUGUUGAAAUGAAUCUGUAUUAAAAUAUGAAACGAUCCUAUCUUUCACAAUAGAGAUGCUCUUCUCAUUACGUUUUAAUUCAUCGGUGAAAACCUUGAUUCAAGAUGGAUGAAGUGCGUAUUAAAUUCAAUUUUUGGUUUGAAAUGUACAAAUGCGCGUGACUUAUAUCGUACACAUCUUGUCAAAAUAUUAAUUUGCCGAUAUGAUUUAUUUAUUUCUAUUUUUCUUUCUUGUUAUGCUUUGAAAGUUAUGUUUCGUGAUCUACAUAACCUCUUUGUUUCUUAUGACGGAUGAGCAAUGGAAUCAUUGUCAAAUUCAGUUAAUGUGUUAGAAUGUGUGCAAUUACAGAAAGAUCAUAUAAUCGGUUGUAUAAAAUUUGUAUAUUGUAACUCUGUUAAAUUUUAUUGACACAUGCCAUAGGCAAAUGUUCGUUUAAUGACCUGUACAUUGUGUAAAUAUUCACAUCUUAUUCAGGAUAAAAUAUACACAUGCUCCAUGUGUAAGGCACAAAUGACGACAUUGGAUGAAGUUCCAAAUCAUUCUUGUUUCAAUGGUCUCCGAGUAUUUUGUGAUGAAGAGGGUUUUCUGUUUUCCAACUCAGAGGACAUUGAAGUUAUGGAAAAGAACACCUCGUCAGAUAUCUCUAAAACAGAAGAUACGGCGCAGACGACUCUGCAAAACUCGGAAAAACCAAAGGUGUUACCGCAAAAGCAAAGUGCAGCAUGGUCGAGCAGUGCUGUUCUGGCUCUCCUCGAAGCUUACGAAUCGAGAACAGGAGAUGACAUUCGAGCAAAAAAGGAGACCAAAUUUUGGGAUAAUCUGGCAAAGGAUUUACAAGAAACCGGUCAUAUGAUAAAUGGAAAUCAAGCAAGAUGGAAGUUCAGUGCUCUACUCCGCCGUUACAAACAAAUAGAGAGCAUUCAAAAAACGGGUAGAGGGGUUGUUCGGUUUCCUUGGUUCGAUCAAAUGGAAAGCAUUCUUAGAAAGCGAAGAAAUGUCACAUGCACAGUAACAUCUAUGUUCCUUCCACAUACUUCAUCAGCGUUGGACAUUUCAAGAGGAACGACCAUUAAUCGUCCACUAUUGCCUAAGGAAUCUUCAACAGAUAUUUCAAAACGAAGUCCACGUGCUAAAGACUCUACUAUUAGCUCGACGUUAACCGAAAACAAGUUGGAAUUUGAGCGGCAGCUUCGUACUCACUUGAAGAUACUUGACGAAACCAAUGAAGAAAAGGAUGGUACCGUCGAGUGGAAAAGAGCUAUAAAGGAGGAAGAAUUACGGUUAAAAAUGAAAAUGGUAGAAUUAAGAGAGAGGGAGCUUCUGUGGAGAGAAAAAGUCACAAAAAAGAAGCUUGAGCAAAUGGAUGAAAGAUUGAGCAUUGACAGGGAAAUCUGCCGCCUAUUAACACAAAUCCUCGCCAAUCAAACCUCUAGCCCGUCCUAUGAAUGACUAUUGACUAACAGAUUAUAUGAAUAAUUAUGUUAUGCUUAUAAGACUGACGGUAUGUUGUCACGAGUUUCAGGAAGAAACCGUGUUGCAUGCAUUUAUCUUCCCAAAAAUAUAGAAGAAAUUUAAGGGUUAUCGGGGUACUACUACAUCGGUUGGACACCACUCGUUAAGUAAAUUAAUGGUUCGCAUAAAAGUGGCGCACCGUCAUGCAUUUUCCGAAAUCCUGAACAGGCUGAAAAAAAUGAUUUAUUUUUUGGAACCUCUUUACAAAAGGUGACGCUGCUCGUGCGGAUUUUCUUUUACCUACAUUGUUCACAUUUUUACACAUUUACAAAAAUCAUCACGAGUUUUCCGUUUUAUCAAAGUAUCUCAUUUUUAAGCAUUUGUGCUUACGUAGGCACCGAAAACAUUGAGGGCGAAGACCAAAACUCACCCACUUAUAUAAACUUUCAGAG